CCCGAAUCCCUUGAACAGUGUCUGGUGUGGCUACAAGAGGUAAAGCUUGCAGUGGUUUCAAAGAUGUUAUCAAGACGAAUGUUGUCUCGAGAGGAGGAGGAAGAGAUUGGGGAGGAAAAGGAAGUGCGAAAGGAAGAUCAAGACAAGAUCAACCGCUUCAGUCGCAUUCACUCGCGGCAUAAACUGCUUGAGGGGGAGUUGAAGGCAAAGCAGAAAAACAAGGAAGACCUCGAAGAAAUCUCCACCGAGCUCGAACUGGCCGACGAUGAUGACAAAGUGCCGUACAAAAUCGGAGACUCCUUCUUCUCGCUCCCCGUGCCAGAAGUCCAAGAGCUUCUGUCUAGUUCGGUGGAGAAGAUCGAUGAGCAAGUGACGGCGCUCGAGGAGAAGAUGAGCGGGUUGAAUGACGAGAUGUCCGAGCUCAAGGCGGCGUUGUAUGGCCGGUUUGGACGCAGUAUCAAUCUGGAGACUUGAGGGUGGAGGAAGUUCAGAUUUAAGGACCGAUGCUUCACGCUUCCUGAACGACCGAGGACAGGUGUUGGAGUCAGCCCGGCUAGCAUACGGGCAUGGCCAGGAUGUCAGAUUGCUCUCAAAUAUGAGCUUGGUCCACUCGAUUGGUGGCCAGCAAUGACUGCAGACGAGUGAGGUGGUAGGCCACCUUGCAUAGACAGAGGAACGUGCGAAACAUCGCAGCAAUGGCUGAUGAGGCAAUGCUGGGUCCCGACUUUCUCCUUCCAACGCACUCCUGAGACUACAACGCUCGUAUACUUUGCAAGUCCAGUAACUCGACUUUUCGUCAAACGUGCAGACAUGAAUGAGAAUGCUACGCGACUGCAACUACCCCACGCGUGCCCCCGCAGACGCGCGGAGGAAAGUGAGCCGGGGCAAAGCGAUGCGCGG